UCUUAACUCACUCUGAAAUGCCUGGAUUUUCUAAUUCAUUCAUUCAUUCAAUAGUCAAUAAAAUACUCAGUGCCUUCUAUGGCAGGCUGAUGUGAUCAGUGUUGUUAUUCGCAAGUUAUGUAGGAGUUAAAUCAUGUGCAAUUGAAGGAUAAUGUGAUGAGAACCUUGAAGUGGUAGAAAUGCAAUUGAAAUUGAGAGGAGGAUAGAUAGAAUGGCAGAACUUUCUGGAGAGGGUGGUAUUUAAUGCAGGUUGUGGUGAUAAAGGUGAGGUUAGGAAGACAGGUUUACAAGAAAGGUGGAAAGAAGCAGGAAAGGGUAGAGAAUCCAUUAUUCAGUUCUACAAAGCAUAUACUUGGUUGAAUUAAAAAUUGUUGAUAAUUUUACAGAUAGCUUAAAAAAAUUUUUAAAGUAUAUUCUAUCCAUUAUACUAUUACAGUUGUCCCACUUUUUCUCCCCUUCAUCCCCCUCGGCCUUGUACCCCCUUCCCUCGAGUAUUCUCUGCCCCUUAGUUCAUAUCCAUGGGUUGUACAUACAAGUUCUUUGGCUUCUUAAUUUCCCAUACUAUUCUUAACCUCCCCCUUCUAUUUUGUACUUAUCAUUUAUGCUUAUUCCCUGAACUGUUUCCCCGGUUUUCCCCCUCACCUCCCUACUGAUAACCCUCCAUGUGAUAUCUAUUUCUGUGUUAUUUGCUUAGUUCAUUUUUGUUUUUGUUUUUUUUAGGUUUGGUUGUUAAUCAUUGUGAGUUUGUUGUCAUUUUACUGUUCAUAGUUUUGAUGUUCUUUUUCCUAGGUAAGUCUCUUCAACAUUUCAUGUAAUAAGGGCUUGGUGAUGAUGAACUCCUUUAACUUGACCUUGUCUGGAAAGCACUUUAUCUGCCCAUCCAGUCUAAAUGAUAGCUUUGCUGGAUAGAGUAAUCUUGGAUGUAAGUCCUUGCCUUUCAUGACUUCGAAUACUUCUUCCAGCUCCUUCUUGCCUGUAAUGUUUCUCUUAAGAAAUCAGCUUAUAGUCUUAUGGAACUUCUUUGUAGGUAACUCCUUUCCUCUUGCUGCUUUUAAGAUUGUCUCCUUAUCUUUAAUCUUGGGCAGUUUAAUUAUGAUGUGUCUUGAUGUGUUCCUCCUUAGGUCCAAUUUCUUUGGGACUCCCUGGGCUUCUUGGACUCCUGGAGUCUAUUUCCUUCACCAGAUUGGGGACGUUUUCCUUCUUAUUUUUUCACAUACAUUUUCAAUUUCUUGCUCUUCCUUUUCUCCUUCUGGUACCCCUAUAAUUUGUAUGUUGGAACAUUUAAAGUUGUUCUGGAGGUUCCUAAGCCUUGCCUAAUUUUUUGAAUUCUCAUUUUUUUAGUCUGUUCUGGUUGGAUGUUUAUUUCUUUCUUCUGUUCCAAAUUGUUGAUUUGAGUCCCAGUUUUCUUUUCCUUCACUGUUGGUUGCCUGUAUAUUUUUUUCUUUUUUUAAUAUUUUAUUUAUUUAUCUUUUAGAGGGGAAGGGAAGGAGAGAGGGAGAGAAACAUCAAUGUAUGGUUGCCUUUCAUGCAUCCCCUGCUGGGAACUGGCCUGCAGGGAACUGGUCUGCAACCCAGGCAUGUGCCCUGACUGGGAAUCGAACCUCGAUUGUCUGGUUCGCAGGCCCGAGCUCAGUCCACUGAGCUACACCAGCCAGGUAUUUUUUUCUUUAUUUUAUUUUGCAUAGCCUUCACUUCUUUGUCUAUUUUUCAUCUGUAAUCAUUUCUCUGAACAUCCUGAUUAUCAGUGUUUUGAACUCAGCAUCUGAUAGGUUGGCUAUCUCCUUGAUACUUAAUUCUUUCUAGAGUUUUGAUCUUUUCUUUCAUUUGGCGGCUGUUAUGUUGUAAGGGGCAGAUACUUAGGUAUUUGCCUGAGUGGGGUAACACAAGUUGCUGGGUUGUGGUGCUGUAUGGGGGGGAGGCGUCAGAGAGGGAACAAUGCCAUUUGCUUGGCUUCUGCCCUACUUUCAGUUACUUCCCUUGCCACCCACAAGCAAAUUGGCCUCUUUUGGUGUAGAUUCCCAGGUGGGUGGGUUUGUGUACUUUUAGGACCCCAUGAGCCCCUCCAAUGGACUCUCUUGUGAGACUGGCAGUUUCUUCAACCCACACAGGUAUUUGUAGCCAGUGAUUAUGAAGCUUUCUUUUCCUACACUGGAACCCUGGGUUCUGCACUCUGUUUUGCUCCCCAGUUCUUUCUCCUUGUUUAUCCAUACAUGAAUGUGGGAUUGCCUAGUUCACCAGCUGCUGCCUUACUUGCCUGGCCUGCUAGCCACUUCCUUGCCGGGCACCCUCUCUAGGCAGCUUCCUAUCUUGGCCCUUCCUACCAAUCUGGGUGAAUGUUUCUUCUUUAACUCUUUGAUUGUCGGACUUCCAUAGAGUUCAGUUUUCUGGUAGUUCUCUUUGUUUUUUGUUUUUAAAUUGGUUAUUAUUCUUCUUUUGGUUGUGCAAGGAAAUGAACUAUAUCUACCUACUCUUCCGUCUUCUCUGGAAGCCCCUGUGUACAGGUAGUUUUUUAUUCACUGUGAUGCUAAUUUCUGACCUGUGUAUCUAUAUUAGGAAUAUCUUCAAAUGUCAGUGUAGCCCUUUGGAAAAACAUUUAUGAAAUGUGUUGCACAUAUAAAAAUGUGUAAUUUGCUUAUUAAUAGCUCAAAAAUAGGUUGUUACUCAUACUGUUGAAACCUGCAUGCUACCUUUCUGGUUAGAAUUCACUUCCUUUUGUUCUAGAGUCUAUUUUCCUAGAUAUAUAUAUAUGGGUCAUGUUUUCUUAUCUAUUCAGCUGCCUUAUGUCUUGUGAUUGGAACAUUUAAUCCAUUUACUUUUAAGUUUACAUUUAAGGCUGUCAUCGAUAGGUACUUAUUUACUACCAUUUUAUUAUUUCUGUCUAUGUUCUACUGUCCUCUGCUGCUGCUUCUCCUUCUUUUAAGCAAGCCUUUUAACAUUUCUUGCAAUACUGUUUUGGCAGUAAUGAGCUUCUUUAGCUAUUUUGGUGGGGGGACACAAGGAGCAAUUCUAGGAAGCUCUUUAUUUUGCUUUCAGUUUUAAAUAUAGCCUUGCUGGAUGGAGAAGUCUUGGUUGCAGAUUCUGACUUUUCAUCACUUUGAGUAUUUUAUGUCAUUCCCUUCUGGCCUGAAGUGUUUCUGUUGAGAAAUCAGCUGACAACCAUAUGGGAGCUACUUUGUAGGUAACUGUCUUUCUCUUGCUGCUGUUAAGAUUCUCUGUGUUUAACCUUUGCCAUUUUAAGUAUGAUGUGUCUUGGUGUGGGUUCAUCUUGUUUGGGACUCUCUGCUUCAUAGACAUGUGUAUCCUCUUCCUUCAACAGGUUAGGGAAGUUUUCAGUCAUUAUUUCUUCAAACAGGUUCUAGAUCCCUUGCUCACUCUCUUCUUCUGAAUCCCAUAUGAUACAGAUGUUGUUACACUUGAUAUUGUCCCAGAGGUCCCUUAGACUUUCCUAAUUUUUUAAAAUUCUUUUUUCUUUUUGUUGCUCUACUUCGGUGUUUUUUUCUUUUUGUCUAAAUCACUGAUUUGAUCCUCUGCUUCAUCUGCACUGCUGUUGAUUUUUUUCUAGUGCAUUCUUCAUUUCAAAUAUUGUACUCUUGAUUUCUGACUGGUUAUUUUUUUAGGGUUUUUAUAUUCUUUUUAAUGCUUACUAUUUCUUUUAAGUUCUCACUAAUAUCAUUAUUCCUGUAAAAUUCUUGAGCAUCCUUGUAUGAGUUGUUUUGAACUCUACAUCUGGUAUCUUGGUUGCUUCCGUAUCAUUUAAUUCUUUUUCUUUUUUGGGGGGGGUGUUUCUCUUUGUUUUUCAUUCAGGGAAUAUUUCUUUGUCUCCCCAUUUUGUGUUUAUGUGUUAGGUAGAUAUGCUACAAUUCCCAAACUUGUUUGAUGGUUUUAUGGUAGGUAUCUUGUUGAGCUCAGUGGCACAAUCUUUCAUAUUAAUGGAGCUUGGUGAUUCAGUAAUGUAUCUUCUGGCAUGUGUGUACCCACCUGUUAUGGCUGAGUCUUGAAUGCUGUUGGCCCUUUUGUGGGUAGAGUUAACUCUUAAGUCUGGCUGACUAUGUAAGACUAAAUGUCAAUCACCAUGUAUAAGUUGCUGUGAAGGGGCUUUCCUCUGAAGUAGAGUUGUUCUCAGCAGGGUCUGGUGUCUGCCAGAAUUCCCCUUUGGGUGUGAUACUUAUUUGGCCAGUUCAGUCUGGUGUGUUCUGAAGCCCACAAUUGGUUGUGUUAGUUCUGGGUCUGCCUGGGUGGGGUUCAGGUAGAGGUUGAUUGUAACCAGCCUUAUACUAUCUGUCUGGAGCUACUGUGCUAUUCACUGUUUGUGGCUGCAUCUACUCAGCCUGGGUGUGUGUGUUAGGGGAAAAUCUGCAUCUGUGUACAAGGGUUGGCUUCGUCCAGUUAAGAGCUUUGGGGCAGAUCUAUAAAAGAUUUUAGGCUUCUUGAGGUCUGUCUUCACGUGUUAGCUACUCUAUUCCACCCUGUCAUUGCCUGGUCUUACUCCAGAGCAUUCUGAAGAAAUACUGUAGAAUGAGUCCCAGCUGGCUAAGACAUACCCUUCCAUGUGUUACAAGCUCUGUAGGAUAUGGCAUCCAGGGCUGGGAGGAUGGGGCUGGAGGGUCCCCUGCAUGGGGGCCAUGCAGUCAGGCACUCAAUGAUGAGAAAGUGGCCCCUACUGCUGAGACAAAACCACUCAAUGUCUUCAAUGUUUGCUGGAGUCUCCAACUAUAGCUCCCUUAGGAGGAGGUACCACAGGUUCAGGUUGGGUGUGGCCAGCCAGCCUCUCUUUUGGUGCAAGCUCAGGAGGGUGGAGUCACUGGGGCUCAGGAGGGCAGAUCAGAAGAGUCUCUUAUUGGGGGUGGUGCCCGCAGAGCCAUGGCAAGGGGCCAGACAUUUAGUUUUGGUCUUAGACAGUAGCCUCCAAGGGAAAAACACUCCAAAUGUGAAUGACCCAGCUCCAGACAGCACUCCAUUCCUCCCCACCCCGUGUUGCUGAGCUUAGCAGGCAGGGUCACCAGGACUGGGGAGAGCAGAUCCAAACAAUGUCCCUUUGGGGUUGAUGGCAGUGAUCCUGUCAGAGGGGGCAGGCACUUGAUCAUUUUCCAGGGUAAAAGUGUCCGAAGGAGGCAUGCACCAAAGGUCCCAGCUCUGAGCAGCUGUCAGAUUCCUCCCACUCCCCCAUGGAACUGAACUCAGCAAGGUGAGGCCCCCAGCUGCCAGAAAGGUAGGUCAAAUAAGUCUCUGGUUGGGGGAAUAAAAUGGGCUGAGUUCACAGGGGCGAUAUAGCCACACAACCCCAGCACCUGCCUAUCUGAUUCCCAGACAAAAGCCUUCCCAAGAUACAUGUUCAGCAAGUCCCAGCUCUGCACAGCACUUUGUGCCCCAUGCUGGACUGAAUUCAGCAGGGCAGGGCUACAGGUAGUGAAAGGGCAGACCAAGUGAUUCAGCAGGUUGUGGGUGGAGUGCUGGCUGUGCACUUGAGGUGGGGAAGAAUGGUUGGUCCCCUUUCUGAAGCUACAUAGUUCAUUCACUGUCUGAGUCUCCACUAAGAGGUUCCCCAGAAAAAGAGUGCCUAAAGGACCCUGCUGGGUACAGCCAGCACAUGCCUUUUUAGGGCACCCUUUUGUCACUAGUAGUUGGAGGACUGGACAGUGCACUCCCCAGGCUGGUGCACCACCCUGGGAAAGUGGCAUCUGGGUCUCUAGCAGACUCCCUUCUCUCCCACGGGUAUUGAAUUCCCACUAAUUUUCACCACCACAUGCUAUGCAGGCUCCUGUUUCUGUUUUGUUGCUCUGGGUUGGGGACCCCCCCAUGGGUUUUGAGACCCCAUGCUCCUUGGGGGAGGGAGUUUUGCAGCAGAGAUUCCCUCCAGCUUCACAGCCACCACAUGUGGAUGCAGGAUCCAUCCCUGUCCAUGUCUCUGCCCUUCUUACCAGUUUCUGUGUGGCUUCUUACAUAAAUCCUUGGUUAUAGUAUGUUAGUUCAGCUAGCUUUCAGUUGUUUAUUCAGGAUGAUUGCUCUAUAAUUUAGCUAUAAAUCUAAGUUUGAUGCUGGGAGCAGAUGAGUGUGGCUUCCACAUACUCUGCAGCCAUUUUGGAAUUUGUAUUUUAUUAUUCUUGUUUUAUUACAUUUGUAUGAAUUAGGCAGAUGGAAUACUUUAUUUGGUAGUUAUUUCGUUCAUGGCACAUGAUCACUCUCAUGUGGAAGAGCCUUUGGGAAAUGAUUGACAGCUUGAAACUGCUUGGCUAAGGUUUCUAAAGAAGCUCUGUGCCAUAAAUGAAUUCCUUCUGUGUGACACCGAGGAUUAGGUUGCUUUUAGGUGAAUUUCUUCAGGAUACUUAAUGUGGAAGAUGGUACUUUAUUGCUAUAACCUGAUUUUUAAGUUAAAAUGACCUUUUAUGCUGGGAGGCUAUAUGCUAUAAACCUUUAGAUUUAUUUUGAUUUCUUAAAAAUUAAAUAUAUUCUCUGGAAGGGUAGCUUUUAUAUUAGAUUGUAUCAAAGCACUAAAAUUUUGAGGAAUUCCUGGGAGUCUUAAGUUGGUUAAUUCAGUGGUGAUAAUGUUAGGAAUGUUAUAGUACUUACCCAGGUGGCAUAGUAAUUAAGGAUAUGGGCUUUGGAGUCAGCUUUAGCACUUAGUAUGUGACUGUAGUCUGGGGUUUCUGCAUCUAUACAGUGGGGAUAUUAAGUUACACUAGAUACUUCAUAGGGUGGCUGUGAUCAUGUGAGGUUUUUUUAAGUUGUUGAAACUGAAAAUAUUUUUCUCUUUUAUCAUAAGACUUAAAAUUGUGUCAAUUCUGUUACUAGCACAGCAUUUUAUAUAACUUGGAACUUGGUAUAGUUCUGAGGGUAUUAGACUUCAGAGUUAGGAAAUGUGAGUUGCACUCCUGACUUUAUGAGUAACUGCUUAACUCUGGCAAGCAGCCUUGCAUCAUCUCUCUCUGCCUAGUUUGAGUCAUUUAUAAAAGUGGGGUUGGGUUUGAAUCAGUUGAUCUCUAAGAUUCCUUCUAGUUCUUCCAUUCUGUUUAUUUGUCUCCCACUGAAUCAUAAUUGAACUAAUUAUAACACAGUUCAUGAGGAGAGCACAUUUUACAAUCUGGAGAGGAAAUGGUUUGGGGUGGGGAGGGUAAGAUAAUUGUACAGAAACAUUAAAGGCUGAUACUUUGAGAAUAAUUAGAUUUUUUUUUACCUGAUUCUAAUCUAGGGUGAAAUGAACAACAAUAGAUGGAAGGGAGGCAGUCUUGAUUCAGUUUAUGGACACAUUUCUAAAACUUACUCCUGUCCAACAAAGAAAUGGGUCACUCUAAGUGCUCUAUGCUUCCUAAACACUGAAAGGACAAAGUUUAAGGUCAUACUGGCAAAUGAUUGUUAGAGUCAGGUCUAACUUAUUUAAGCCUGAGCUAGGGAUGGUGUUGUAUGACUUUUCUGAUCUUCUGGCCCUCCAGUGGGUAGAAAUUAUGACAUGAUAAGUAUUAAAGUAAUCAAGAAAAAAACCAUAUGCAGUGUGUCACCGUACUCACUAACUUUAACUGAAUUAUACUAAUGAUUCAUAUACUACUUUUUUAAAAAGAAUUAUUUUAUUUACUUUUACACAGGGGAAGAGAGGGAGAGAAACAUCAUUGUGUGGUUGCCUUUCCUUCACCCCCAACUGGGGACCUGGCGUGCAACCCAGGCAUGUGUCCUGACUGGGAAUGGAACUGGCAACCCUUUGGUUUGCAGGCCAGUGCUCAGUCCACUGAGUCACACCAGUUUGGGCCAUAGACUACUUUUUUUUUGUCUGCAAUUUUUUUUGGUUGAUGUGUAGACUAAGUAUUACUCUGAAUUUUAAAAACAUUGCUCUUAAUUCUAGAUUUUGAUUAUUCAUCUGGGGAAAGCAGCACUAUUACUCUUUUUUGUUUUGAAUGAUUUUUGAAUGCUUGCCACUUUCCUUUCAGCAAAGCUGGAAACUGUGAGUUUGAGUUCUUAGGUCCUGUUGAGAUAUGCAGCUAAAUUUGUCAUCCACUAUGUGGGUGCUUUGCCAACAUCUCUGGAGAUGUUUACCAGUCUGGGCAAUUUUGAUAAUACUAUCUUCUUAUAGUUUCUGCUGUGAAGCAGUUUUUGAAGAAACAUGAUAGGUGGGGUACAAACUCUUGGAGAAAAAGAUGUUUUUAUUUUUGUUAAAUUACAAUGUUCUCUUUCCUAAUUCCUGACAUAGAAUUUUGGCCACCAAAGGAACAAUUUUGUUACCCUUUCUUAGCAUCUGGUUGAGGAGGGAUGUGUAUGCCUGUGUGUAUGUGUAUUUCCUAAAUUACUUCAGGCCUCCUUUACAUAAUGGGCUUCCUAUUCCUGAAUAGGGAUUAGACUCCAGUAUACUAGUUUAUAAAACAGUUUAUGACAGGCUUCUCAACCUUAGCACUGUUGACAUUUGGUGCUAGAUAAUUCUUUGUUGUGGGGCUGUCCUGUGCAUUGUAGUAUGUUUAGCAGCAUCCCUGCCUCUUCCUACUAGUGCCAGUAGUAACCCCAUAGUUAUGCCAACCAAAAAGCUCCAAAACAUUGUCGAAACUACCCUGGGCAAUAAAAUCACCCAAGUUGAGAACCACUGAGUCAUGGAUACCUCUCAGCCAGCUCUCUGCCACAGUUAUGGCCAUCCUGCUGUUGUCUGGUUUCUGCAUGUUGCCAGCCUUGCUCACAGCCUCGUCCCCAUGCUCUGCUAAUUAGGUGGAAAGUUGCCAAGUGGAAGGUGGAAUCAGUGGGGAACAGAGCAGAGCUAGAGUUAGGUGUUGGCUUGGGUAGCGGCUGAGUACUGUAACACCCAGGUGGGUGUGUUUUUUGGUGGCAGCUAAUGAUUAGACUUAAAGACAGAUGUUCUUUGACAUGAGAGUGAGCUGACAGUUACUCCAGUAGUCUUAGCACACAACAGCUUUAAGUCCAUGGCCCAAAAUGACUCUCCCACUGGACUCUGUCUUCUGUAAAGACAACGAGACAGGAGGCUGUGAUGAGCAUGCCACUGCAUCAGGUCUCAGCCAUUCCAUCCCAGGAUGCCACCUCUGCUAGAGUCUAUAGAAGUAAGACCAAAGAAAAGGAGAAGGAAGAGCAGAAUGAGAAGACUUUGGGACGUUCCAUGAGUCAUUCAAGUAUCAUUUCUAAGGCUGGGGGUCCUCCGUUGGUGUCAGCUCCAGUGUCUGCCUUCUCUCGCACUUCUGUCACACCUUCCAAUCAGGAUAUCUGCAGUUCCAGUGCAGUGUUUUCUGAGUGUUAUCACCACAGUCCCAUGCAGUCUGCUGUUGCCUUGAAAGCUCCUCAGUGCCAGAGUUCUCUGACACAAGGGCUCACUGUGACAGUUAUCUAUAAAGACACAUUACAGGCAUCAAAGAGAAACCACCAUUCUGGUGGUUCAGAGUGGGUCCAGGCCUGGAAGCCUGAUCAGAAUACCAAAGCCAGAAGAACACUAAAGUUCUCAAAGUCCUUAAAUGAUGUCGGGGAGAAGGCCCAGGACCCUUUGGGAAAUUUUGACUAUGCGGGAAGAAUUUGCUCUGAAGGGAAACUGAUACUCUCUCAAGAUCCAUGUCUCAGAAUUGACAGGUUCCAUCAUAGACAAAAAAGAACUCUGAAUUGUAAACCUCUUGGCCAUUCCAAACAAUUUUGUGUUUCAUCCCUAUUUGCCCAUAAUUCAACUGCCUCAGAGGUGGAAAGUGGCAAGGAGGGUAUGCACGUCCCUCUUUUGGAAGAGAAAGCAGAUGGUGAGGCUGUUUCCAGAAGCCGGAGACUGCUCAGGUACCUGUUCUCCUUCUCACAUGGCUUGAGUGCCAACAGCCUGCACAGGUUCCAUGAGCUCGAGAGCUGUGCAUCUCACCUGCACUCUGCCAAGUCCUCCGGCGGGCUGGCAGGGAGCACAGGCUUCUGCUCCGAUGAAAUGGGAGAUGAUGACGUCUUUGAGGACAACAAAUCCACAAAAUUGAAGAGUAAGGUCCUGCGGGCACCCCUCUGCUCAGCGGAGAAGGACAGUGACCUGGAUUGUUCUUCCCUCUCUGAACAAUGUCCCCCCAUCUCUCCUGUGUCCACGUCAGGGGAUGCCUGCAGGAUUUGUCACUGUGAGGGGGAUGAUGGGAGCCCUCUGAUCACCCCCUGCCACUGCACAGGGAGCCUGCACUUUGUGCACCAGACCUGCCUGCAGCAAUGGAUCAAGAGCUCUGACACACGCUGCUGUGAGCUCUGCAAGUAUGAGUUCAUCAUGGAGACCAAGCUGAAGCCUUUGAGAAAAUGGGAGAAGUUGCAGAUGACAGCCAGCGAGCGCAGGAAGAUCAUGUGCUCAGUGACAUUCCAUGUCAUCGCCAUCACCUGUGUGGUCUGGUCCUUGUAUGUGCUCAUUGACCGUACUGCUGAGGAAAUCAAGCAGGGACAGGCAACAGGAAUCUUAGAGUGGCCCUUUUGGACUAAAUUGGUGGUGGUGGCCAUUGGCUUUACUGGCGGACUUCUUUUUAUGUACGUUCAGUGCAAAGUGUAUGUGCAAUUGUGGAAGAGACUCAAAGCUUAUAACAGAGUCAUCUAUGUUCAAAACUGUCCAGAAACAAGCAAAAAGAAUAUUUUUGAAAAAACUACACUCACAGAGCCCAACUUUGAAAAUAAAGAUGAACAUGGAAUCUGUCAUUCCGACACAAACUCUUCUUGUUGCACAGAACCUGAAGGCAGUGGACCAGAAAUCAUUCACAUCUGAUUGUGUGGAGGGUAUAGUUUUCCUGGACAUCCAUGAACAGCUCACAGAAAUUGUUUACUGCCAAUUGUGUAUCUUUUCUUACAUGCUUUAAUAGCACGGAUUGAUCAGGUGACUAUUUUUAAUGGUUUCUCUUUUUCUAAACCCUCUUCAUGGAGUAUCCUGGAAAGCUCUCACAUCGGUUGGACAUGUCUGAGUUCCACUUCUACGUGCACAUCUAUGGGACGGGAAGGUGGAAGACUCAUGACAUCAUGACAGGGAGCUGGCACAUGAUGUCUGGAGCACAAUGAGGGAUGAAAUGUCACACCUGAGGAAAGAACAGGAGCAGGGUGAUACUCAGGCCCUGAUGUACAACUCUUCCAAUUGUCGGCAGACCCCACCCUGGAGCAAAGUGUUUGGGAAAGUCUAGUCAUGGUGCAAAGAUUUCCCUCCUCACUAAGGAGAACCCAGGGAGGUAAGCUCCCUCUUCCAGUGCUGUCACUGUCAGUUCUCAGCAGGUGGACCACGGUGCUCUCUGCAUGGUGGCGAGUGAUUUCACUAAGCAAACGGCACUUUUCAGAAACAGAAUCUAUAUUUUAUUUUAUGUGUGUCCAGUAAGAUUGAAACUUAAGAGUGUCUCUUAUAAAUAGAGAUCUUCUCUGUAUGACCCUGAUUAUCUCUUUUAUGUUAGAACAGAUCUAAAACCCUAUUGCCUUUUGUAUUCUGAGAAAUGUGACAUCUAGUCUUGUGUCCAUUAAAGACUUGUGACUAGCAUGCAGCACAAACAGGUUGGACACUUUCUCAUAACAUCUCAUAGGAAUUAAUGGAUUCUAAAUGGCAAUUUGAGCCUCAUUCCUAUGGUUUCAAGCUUGCUUUAUGACAAGUCUUUAUACAAGAGCCUGCCCCAAACAUUUUAAAAAAUGUUUUGGUCAACACUGAAAAGGAAGAGCUUAUGAGUUCUAAAUGAAAGGAAAAGAAGUGAGUAAUUAAAACAAAACUGAGUAUUUAGAAAUCAUUCCCUUAUAGACAAACCUCUCUAGUCUGUACUGGCCUCACACUAAAAGAGUAAGCAUGCACCAACCUGGUCUAGUGUGUGUCUACUGUAGGUGCUCCUGGGCUCCUGCCAUCUCAGCCAGCUUCUGUACCUGAGAAGACAGGCAGGCAGGUUAGCUCUGGGAUAAGGGCCAGGAGUGAGCCACAAACUACCAGGGCCUGUUGUGUUACUGCACUCAGUCACACUCCCAACCAUUUGUCGCCUUAACUGGACUGAAUAGAGGUGAUCUUUUAGGAGCUCCUGGCCUUGGGAUCAGUCUGUUCUGUCAUUAGGGAUUAUCUCCCAUACAAUUUUUCAUAAAACCAAAAUCACUACCAAAAAGUCUACUUAAGAUUCUAUUUUUAAAAACUAGUUUCAUUGCUCCAGGGAAAUGAGUGAACUCCAGGAAUCUAGAUCAGGGGGAUCUGCCAUGUAACAUGGAUAUAUCCCAGAUGCUGGCUUUCCAGGUGUCUGCAUGUGCCUGGGAGUCCUGCCCUUAGUCCUCUGAGCCUUAGGUGUCUCAUCUUUUGUGUUAAGAAGAUGAAGCAAGCACAAGAUGAGUCCUUUGCUUUUCAGAGGGGAAGCCCUGUGGCUUCCUUUGAGAACCAGAAGGAAGCUAAAGGGUGUCUGAGCUCUCGGGCAGUGUAUGUGGUAGCAGACUGUGCUCUACCACUUCUUCCUAGUGUCUGACUCUUCAGGAUUAUGGGCUCUGAUCUAGGGAGCUGCACUGCCAUGGUCUUUCUCUGGCUGGGCACCACACCAGCCCCUGAAAAUCGAUCAAUUUACCCUCUCGCUGUCCCCCAGCCACAUCCAGCCCAUGCCUGUCUCUUCACUGUGCCUCAAAGUGCAAUUACCUACUUCCUUUCUCUGCCUGGAGAUAUCAGGCAGACUGUUACUCAGGGUUGCUAGAUCCUGCUCAUCUCUGAUUCUGCCCCUUCAGAAUGGGCUAAGGAAGGCCCCAAGUCUGCCACCUUCUAACAGCAAGUGAUGAGUUAUGUGAAGACAGGUAGAUUUUUAAGCAGGAAUCCUUUCCUCUGCCCUGAAGCCCUCUGUCCAUCUCAUCACCUCCCACCAAGUUCCAAAAACUUAUCUGCCUGUGAAGGUCUAUCCCAGGUCCUCCUUUUCUCUCCUGGAAAGACACACAGAUGCUUCCUUGAGUUUCUCUCUUCUUGACAGAUUCUAGUUGAGCACCUUUGACCCCAUUCUUAGUCCCAGGUCUAAUAUUUUCCCCCCAGGAGCUAACAGUGAGGCAUGCAGCACUUGCAAGAUUGUGCUGUACCAUCUUCUAGUGGGGACAGUGGAUCUGCCUGGUAUUCCCUUUAGUCUGUCACUCGCCCUCUAAAUGCUUUUUGGGGGUUAAUCCCCAGUUUCCUUUCAUUCUGCACCUCGCUCUGGUGGGAGGAUGACAUUUGACUGAACCAUAUGGAAAUGUGGGAUGAGCCUUCAGGUGUCAGGGCCAGUAGGGCUGGUAAUUGUGGGCCAGGCAAUGGAGAGAUGGCAGAAGCCCUUAGGGGUGUCACCAGCCAGCCCUCUCUGACCUGACCUCUAUUCCCCAAGAAGUUACAGUACAACUCAAGGGCUUGUGACUUCUUUGAAUGCCAGCAGUAAUCCAUUUAUUGUGCCUGGGUUUUAAGAAUUUUUCUGAAUAGCUAUAAAAGGUCACUUCCUACUUCAGAACUCAAACAUGUGUCCCCCUAUACAACCCCCCCCCACUUUUUUUUUUUUUUUUUUUUUUUGCUUCACUCCACUUUUUUCAAUCUUAUGGGUCUAGUUUUAAAUUUUUAGGCAUGUUCUACCUGGGUACAGAUAUAUGGACCCCAGGCAGUUGGACCAGUUCCCGAGCCUCAGGUAAUGCCUGAACAGGUUUGAGCUGCUUCUGUUGCCUGGUGGUCAGCUAUAGGGCUGGAGGAGGACUGGGAACAUUUUGGCCUGAUGCAAAUACACUUUUGAAAUACUUAACCUUUUUAGAUCUGAUUUGAAAUAUACAGCUUUCAUCUCUACCCUAGGAAAGACAUAAACAACUCAUCACCUAUUUAGGUGCAAUGUUUCUAGAAAGUUGAUUGUUAAUAAAAAACAAAUUUACACUAGCAUGUGUGGGGGUUUCUAAAAUGCACUUAGGGAGUUUCUAGUUAUCUAGAUGUCUAGUUUUUUAUUCUUUUGUGUGUGUUCACUGUUUCUCAGUAUCACCACUUGAAUAAUACUCUGUACACGGGCUCGUUUGUGCUAUACAUGGGGUGUCUAAAUGCAGCAAUAAAGCACUUCUUUACAAAGAAGUUUUUCUAUGAAGGUGUUUUCCUGCAAGGAGUCUGGGAACCUCUCUAGGCUCCUCUGGCUGUCACAUUAGGGAGGAAAAUCACACUUUCUGGAGGUAUCCAUUUUCCUCACCUGCCUCUUGAGGGAGGAUAGCUUCCUCCAAUACUGGUGAUGAGUGGGGUGGGAAUGGGAUCUGGAGGGUGUGGGGGCAUGAGAGUGAAAACUGAAGCAGUGCAUACAGGUGUGCUUGUUGGAAAUAUGUGGGCUGUGUGUGAACUUACUGCCUCAAGAGAAGCCAGGCUCAAGAUCAGGGUGUGUAUUGGCAACAUGACUGCCGGAGCAGUUGGGUUGCUUAACUAGCCUUAUCUGUUAAAACAUUUACUAAACCACAGCUCAGCUGAGCAAGAGAACCAGGUGUGGAGGUCUAGCAGGACUUCUGGCCAUAGCUUAGGCUGGCUGCCUCUCUUGGCUGCUGACAGGGCUUCCCUGACAAAUGGCAGUGCCACAGAUCCUCUAGUCAAAGACUGCAAACCUUCACUCACACAGCUUUACUUUUGUACAUGAGGUGAAAGAAAGGAGGCCAGGACUGUCCUGGACAUACUGUAUCCAGGGUGAACCAGGAGAAUUCAUCCACUAGUUAAGGGCACCAUGGUAGGCUUCUAGAAGACACAGAAGCUGGGUAUGAUACUAUGCCAAGUGUCUUCCUCCCCUUCUGCAGAGAAGAGGUCCCCAGAACUGGGUGGAGCUGUUGAGGCUUCUAGAGGAGCAUGGUCCCACUGCAGAGGCAGCAGAACUGCUGCACCUGCUAAGACUUACCUGCUUAGCAGCUAAGGUUAUGUGCUUGUAGGACAGAGCGAAGCCGGGACAUAGCUUGUGCUCAACUGGUUGGAGGAGUGGUGAGGAGGUGGAGCUGAAAGAGGACUCAGCUUCUAUAAGAAUAUGAAGUGGGUGACUACCUGAGAAGAACCUCUAUGCUUUGGGGAAGAAACACCAAAUGGGGUCUUAUUGCAGGUAGGCUUAAGACCUGCAGGCCUUUCUGUCCUUUGACACUGGCCACAAUGAUGUGUUAUAGAACUGCUGCAUGGCCACCUCUAGGGGGUGCUUUCAAUCUUCUAUGUCAUGUGGUGGCACACUGCUGCUUGCAGGCCAACCUCCUGUUUUUGUAAAUAAGCUUUGAGGCACACAGCCAUGCUUAUUCAUUUUCAUACUGUAUUAAGCUGACUUCCUGCUAUAGUGGCCAAAUAAAGUAGCGGGGACAGAUCUUCUGGCCUGCAAAGCCUAAAUUAUUGACAUGGUCCUUUAUAGAAAACUUCUGUCUGUAUGAAUGGUGCCCAUUGAAUUGUUGGUCACAGCCGAUGUCAGAGGUGCCAUGGGCCCCUCUCUAGGGCCUGUCAUUUCCCUAGCCUGAGAAGUUCUGUUGUGACCAGAAGUCCUGCUGUACCUCUCUACAUGGCUGGCUCUUGAAACAGCUGAGUAACAUAGUUCCAUAGUAAAAGGAAGAGAGGAAGAGCAUACCUUCCUGAACUGACAGUUCCUCUAAGAGGGCAGGGCCUAGACCAGAGAUGUCUCACUCAUUUUCACCAGGUACCACAUCAGUCUUGCGGUUGCUUUCAAAGGGCCGAAUGUAAUUUCAACUCCUUAACAGUUAAGGAAUAGUUACAUUUUUACGAUCCUAAAAUUAUUUUGGUCCUUUGAAAGUAACUGCAAGGCUGAUAUGGCCCCCAGUGAAAAUGAGUUUGACACCCCUGGUCGAGACAGACCCUCAGCCAUCAGAGAAGCCUAUACUUUCCCCUGCUUCUUUCUAGCUUUCCCUUGGAGCUAAAAUGAGAGGAACAGAGUCUGGACUCCACUGGCAUGACCUCAAUAUACUCUGGGUGCAGCAGUCCAACAGUUCAUGGAUUUACACAUGGGCUACUGCCUUGGGCGGGGCUCCACUUUGGCUCCCUGGAUGGUUACCUCUCAUACUCUAGAGGAGACUCCCAGACAGUCCUCUGAGGUGAGCUGGCCUGGCUGUGGUCUCGUACUGAUGUAACGUAGUCUGUAGGGGUUCAGAGGAGAUGGGAAAAGAGGCAACAUAGGUUAGUGUGUAAGAAAGAGUGGAGCAGUCCAUUGACCUUAUUAUACUACUCUAAUGUUCAGCUAUCUAUUAUGAAAUGAAGAAGAUAGUAUGCUAGAUGGAAGCUGUUGGUGGUGGUGCUUUUUGUGGAUUGGUUGGUUAAUGAUUGUUUCUUCAUACCAACAAAAACUUGGUAACCCAAAUGUCUCCAGACUUCCUUUCAAAACUUUUCUAGUCUGUAAAAUUCAAUUAUCUGGGAACCCUGAGGAAAGAGAGGCUCUUUCCUCAUCCAGGUGGUGUAUAGUUCCUUGAGGACUGUGUGAGUGCCCAUGUCCUGCUCCUCAGGGAACAAGGGACAAGGAUACAAGCCCAUAGCUUUCAAAGGGAUUUUCAAAGUAGUCCCUGCUUCCCCUUUACAUUUCCCCAACAGUGAGAACAGCUCCUCUAGUCUGACCCUGUGUAUGGCCAGGAAAAAAGCCCAGAGAAGGCAUUGCUCUGAGUUACACCGCAUCACCAAGUGCUCCUCUGACUCAAGGCUCUCCUCCCUCCACCCCCAUCCUCGAAUGGUAUCUGGGAAGAAGUGCAAACAAUUUCAGUUCUCUCACACCCUUUGAUACAGCCCUGCAGAGGCACAGGCCCAAGGGACAGUGUUAGGGUCUCUGGGCUCAUCCCACUAUUUAACAUGGAGGAAGCAAGGGAGGAUGUGGUGUUCCGUGGGCAGUGCUGCUGUGAGGAACAAACUUUCCUCUACCCUCAAGGUUCCUUUUGCUGCUCUAAUAAUCAAAUAGACAUGAGGCAGAUUUGCAAAAGAAAAUAACUCAACUUAAAAUAUACAUAUGUAUGGGAGCCCCACAUACAGGAGUCAGGGACCCCACAUGCAGGAGAGGCUCAGAAACAGAAAGGGAACAUAGGUAUGUGAGACAAUCUGAGCUAGGGAUGAGGUAAGGUGCUUAGAAAGAGAAGUUUGUCCUGCCCUAUAGAUAGGUAAAAAAGCUUCUCUCUAAUUCAGGGCCCAUAAUUCAAGUUCUUCUAGGGAGAGGCAGAACUACUUAUUGAGACUGAAGCUAAAAUUGCCUUUAGCUCAAAAUAAUCUGCACACCCCUGAGGCACAUCUAGGGGUGGCUUGUUUUGAACCUCCAUACAGGGUUGAAUAAGCAGUUACCUGACCGACCAGUUUCUGUUUUGUCAGAAUUCUGUGCACCAGAGGGUUGGUGGCAAGAACUUGAGGUAAAUUUUCAAAAUGCUGGAAAUGUGUGGUACUCUAGUGCAGGAUCACCUAGAGGCAUUCAGGAGGAGCACAGCUUAGCCUGGGGCCUAGCUGCCCUAGGGUGGGCUGCCAAUCCCGGGUUUCCUUCCCGGGAUUUUUAUUGUCAGCAGUGUCCUCCUCUGUGGAACAGGCUGACUAUCCCCCUGUGCCCCUUCAGGGGAAUUUCAGAGUUAAAAGCAGUGUUGGUGUGUCUUCACAUUUCCCUUGUUAAAGAUCUGCUCAAUGCUCCUUCCUGGAGGCCUGGAAGUACAGCAGGCUGGGAUGCACAGGUGGCUAAGAGAGUACUGAGGGCUCAGAAGCUGUGAGCCCUGCUCAGCUUUGCCCAAGAACUUGCUCACUUCUCCUUACUGCCUGGGGUGUCAGUGAUAACAGCACACUGGUAGAGGAUUGGUAAUUAAUGACAUUGUUGAGUUAUUUUACAGAGACAGCACUACGCAUGUGCCAUCCCUCCUCAAGAUAACACUGGAACCAAACUCUUGCCCCUUCCCAUGUAACUAAAGGACCAGGACAUGACCGGAACUUGAACAGUACAACACUUUCAGAAGUGUCCAUUGUCCAGGAGGGUCUGCUACAGAAGCCCCCUUAGCAUAUCUUCCCAUAAAUGACCAAGUUGCUUUCAUAUACCAGCGUUCCCCUGCCCCCCGAAAACUCAUCCCCGAACUUCGGAUGGAGCAGAUUGAUUUGAGCUUCAUCUCUGGUCUCCUUGUCUGGCUGCCUGACUGAUAAACCCUUCUUCUCUGGGAAAACCUGUUGCCUUGGGCUUUGGCUUUCUGUGGGCUACCAGAGAUGAACUCAUACACCCUUGUUUGGUAAGUUCUGGCUGGUGGAGGAGGACCAGAUGGCAAGCUGGCUGACCUUUCUUUGGAAAAGAAGAAAUGUCUGGUUAAACAUUAAGAGGAGAGGGAAGGCAUACAUCAACAUGAUGAAAACCAAAGAAGAAAAUCAAACACAGCCCUUUCCCCAGGGAAGGGCUGUCAUUGGCAGCAUGCCAGGCCCCUGCUGGAAGGGCAGGGGUACAUACUGAGGGCCCAGCAGGGGGUGCUGAGACACUGGCAGUGGGGAGGCAUCACAUGGUUUUAAUAAGUCUGAACUUUAUAUAAAAUGCAUGUUGCUUAUUGAGACCACACAACAUACCACUUUGCAGGUUGCUUUUUGUACCUAACAACCAAUUUAAUAGUUUUGUGUCUACCUUAUUUUCAACUUAUACAGAAUUAAGUUAACUAAAUUAAAUUAGUUAACUAAAUCCUUGUUGAUAUAAAUUUUAGGUUGCUUACUAGUUUUUGACAUUAGAAACAAGGUAGAACUUCACAGUUUUGACCUUUAACUUUGUAUACCUGGGUGUCUGUCUGGGAUGGAGAGGUAGUUCUGAAGAUAAAUUCCUAGAUGUUGAAAAAUGGAAUAGAGACAUUUUAAGGUGCCAAAAUUAUCUCUAGAAUUAUUCACUUAUCUUCCCACUGAAAAUAUGAGCCUGUUCCCUUACAUUGCAAUAUGUGUUACUUUUUAAAUUGUUAACUAAAGUAUAUGUCAUUCCCCAUCUUCUUGUUGAUAUUUUACUUUGCAUUUCUCAGGUAAAUAAGAUUGAGCAUAUUUUGUAUACUGCCCAUUUCUGCUUUUGCAAGUUUCCAUAUGCCUUGACCAUUUCCUCUUGGAUUUUUCUUUGUAUUUUUACAUUGAAUCAUGAGUGCUUUUUAUGAUGUAAGAAAAUUAACUCUCUGCUUUUCUGUACGUGACAAAUAAGUGCAAUUCAUGAAUUUUUCCAUUUUUAUGAAUAUUUUUAAAAUAAUUGUAGGUUCUAUAAUUAACAUGUUUUUAUAUACACUUUACCACAUAUCUCCACCUGUGCAUCACUGUAUUCAUCCAUCAGCUUAUUUUUUUCAUGCACUCCAGAGUAAAUUGCUGCUGUAAAGUACACUUCAGUGUGCAUAUUGUUACCUAGAAUUCAAUAUUUAUUUAUGGUUCUUUUUGUUCUUAGGUAAAAUUUACAGUGUAAAAUACGUAAAUCUCCAGUGUACCAUUUGAUGAGUUUUGACAAAUGUAUACACCACCUAUGUAACUCAACUUCUAUGAAAAUACAGGACAUUGUCUCAAUCCUUAAAAUUCUGAUGGCCCCUUUCAGUCCACCCUGUCCCCAUACCUCCCAUAACAAACGCUGUUCUGAUUUCUUGACUUCAGCUUAUCCUAGAACUUGGUUUUAAUGGAGUUAUGCAGUAUAUACACUUUUAUGUAAGAGUUCUUUCUGCCAGCACAUUGCUUUUGAGUUUCAUCCAUGCUAUUGUAUCAAUUACCUUGUUCUUUUUUAUUGUUGAUUAAUAGUGCAUUGUAUGAAGAUACCAAUCCCUUCAUCCAUUUUCUUAUUACUGGAUACUUCAGUUUACAGUUUUUUGCUAUUAUGAGUAGAACUACUAAGAAUAUUUUUGUGACCAUAUGUUUUCUCUUAGGAAAUACUUAGGAAUGGAAUACUGGUUCAGAAAGGGUAAGGGUGUGUUUCGUUUUAACAAGAAAGUAAGCACCUUUUAUCCAAAGCAAGUGGACCAUUUUAUAUCCUCUCCAACAAUGUGUGAAGGUUAAUUCAUGUGCUUGCCAACACUUAGUGUUGUAGAUGUGUAGUUGUAUUUCACUGUGGUUUUACUGUGUAGUUCCCUAAUGACUAAUAAUGUUGAUCGUUUUUAUGUGUGUCUUGUCAUGUGCUUUAUUUUCCAUUCACAAAUCUUACAGUCUCUUUGUAUCGGGGGCUGUCAAGCCACAGCCCACUGGUCAAACCAGCCCAUAACCAGAUUUUGUAAGGCCCUUGAGCUAAGAAUGUAUUUCACAUUUUUAAAAUGCUGUUUUUAAAAAUUAUUUAUUUAUUUAUUUUAGACAGAGGGGAAGGGAGAAAAAGGGAGAGAAACAUCAUUGUGUAGUUGUCUCUUAUGCGCCCCCUACUGGGGACCUGACUUGGCCAGCAACCCAGGCAUGUGCCCUGACUGGGAAUCAAACCAGUGACCCUUUGGUUCACAGGCCGGCACUCAAUCCACUGAGCCACACCAGCCAGGGCUAAAAUGCUGUUUUUAAAAAUCCAAGUUUGUAGAUUGCUCGCCAAACUUACUGACUUCGCUAUGUAUUUAAAGUGUGUCUCUUGCUGGUUAUUAACUUUAUUUGUUUACUUAUUUUGGAUAAAAAUAAGGAUAAUUUAUUUUAAGAUGUGGGGAAAAUCUAUGUCCUGGAGAGACUCUGGACAAAGGCACUAGUAUCAUUAGUUUGAGUCACAUUAUGUGGAGCUGAUUUAACUAGAAAUGGGUGAUGCAUCACUGUAGACCUGGUAUUACCUAUAGUUGAGCUUCAUCAGGGUGCUUUAGUAGGAGCCCUUUAAACUGGGCUUUAAAACUUGUGAUAUUUCCUCAGUAUUUCCAAUGCCACUUGUGACAUAGAAAAUACAGGGAUCAGUAGUACAUCUGCCCUGGACAACAGUCUCUUUGUUUGGAUGAGGAGUCCAUUACUUGAGUGGAGAAAAAACAUAAACCUUCACUUGCUGAUGGCAGGGAACCUCCUGGGUGGCCCCUUUUAGGUUCCAUCUUGUAUCCACACUGGAAAGCACUCGAUGAACUAAGUAAAAACGGGACUGUCUCCUUCAUACAGGGCAUCUGUAAAUAUUUCCAGCUUUAUUGUCAAGACACAAAUAUAAUCCAUUCAGUAGGGAAAAAGGAGGAGUAGGUUCUCAUAGUUGGACUAAGGGAAGCUGAUCUUGCUAAUGGCAUUUUCAAUGAAGUGGAAUGGCUGCUCAAUUAAACAUGAGCCAUCCUGUUAAUGGGAAUCAAGGUUAAUGUGGACAAAACUGAUAACUGCAGUGGGCUAUUGAUUCUUUAGAUCUAAUAAUCUCUGCCAUUUUGUAGGAGUUUUUAGUCCAUUAACUUUUGAUGGUUCUGUGUUUACCAUUUCAUUAUUUAAUUUCUGUUUGUCCCCCUUUUUUUAUAUCUCUGUUCCUCUUUUCCUGCUUUUAUUUUAAUUAUUUACAUAUUUUAGGAUACCAUCUAUUGGUUUUUAGUUAUUUUUAGUGGUUGCCCUAGGGAUUAUAAUACAUCUACUUAAAAUUUUACAAACUACUUGGAAUUAAUAUUGGGCCAUCUGAUCUAAGCUAUAGAAACCAUGUCAAUGAAAAUGUCCAUUUAAUACCCAUUUUCUUUUAUGCUAUCUUUACAUGUAUUGUAAAUGCCACGUGGAAGGCUAUAAUAUUUACUUUAAAUAGUCAUAUAUAUUUUAAAGGAAUUAAGUGGGGGAAGAAUUGAUUAAAUUAGUUUCUUAGUUUAGCAAAUUUCUACCAUUGCUGAUACCCUCCCAUCCUUCCUGAGGAUCUGAGUUUCCAUGUAGUGUCAUUUCCCUUCAGCCUGAAGAAUUUUCUUUAGCAAUUCUUGUAGUGUAGCUCUGGUGUCAACAGAUUCUCUUAGUUUUAUUUACCUCAAAAUCUCUCUCUUUUUUUUUUUAAGAUUUUAUUUAUUUAUCUUUAGAGGGGAAGGGGGGAAGGAGAGAGGGAGAGAAACAUCAAUGUAUGGUUGCCUUUUUGUGCAUCCCCUGCUGGGAACUGGCCUGCAGAGAACCAGCCUGCAACCCAGGCAUGUGCCCUGACUGGGAAUCG